AUGGGAUCACCUCAAUUGAGUAUUUCUGGUCCCACACCAGUCAAAGAAGGGUCUUUCACUGACCAACUUGGGUCGCUGCGAUCCGAGCAGUCUUCGGACAUGAACGGUAUCAAAAGUACACUGGUAAGCAAGAUUCAAAAUAAUAAAGGCCUGUUCACUGGAGAAGUUCAAUGGUGCAGCAACCUGUCGCUAGACGACUGGAAGACACAUCGCUUAGAAAUCGACACCGCCGGGGGACUGUGCCAUGCUGUCAGCCGAGAAAGUAUGGCUGAUUUAUCCGCAAUCGGUACGGGGCUCGAGAGCUCGAACAAACCCAUCAUCAAGCAUUUACAGGCGUGUAGGCUACAACUUUUAGACAAUAUUCAAGGAAUCCAUCCACUUUUGAAGGUGGAAACGUAUUACGCCACUGUAUACCUCAGAGUGGCGGAUAAAGAUACAUUUUUCGACUUGCUAGCUGCACUUGUGUUCUGGACAAGUCUAAAAGACAAAGGCAUCUUCAACAAGUGUUCGGUGAUCCAGCCGAUUUUUCCAAGUCAGCAAGAACCUGCUCCUCUCUUGGUGUGUCGGUUCAACGUCUACUCGUGUAUUCCCAAAAACAAGAAUGUAUCGCUCAAAAAUAACAUUCCCAAGCCUCCGCUUCUAGACGGUCAAUCUGCAUCCGAAGAGCUAGGAUGGUUUUCAGCCAUGGGAAAACUGAGCUCAGAUGGAAAGUUGGAUCUGCUUUUGCAAAGUGACGGCGCGAUUCUUUGGUCCUUUGACGUCACCGAACUACUUAGGUCCGAGAUUCAAAUUCUUGACCCCUGUCUCCUCCAAAAUGAUAACUUUUUAUAUCUCGGAAUAAUACCAAAGUUGAGGGAUCAAUUGAAAUUAUCCACCAACUCUUCAUUCCUUGUGGUUUCGCAAAAGGACAAGUUUAAUUGGCACGGGAUUGUAUUGCAAUUCCCAUUGAGGAUCGAUCUCGAGGAUUGGUUCGUGGCACUCAGCUCUUUCGCUAAAGUGGAAACAUUAUCACUCAUUGGCACAGACAAAUCAAAUGAACUGAGGAUUUCCAACCGCUUCAAGAUCUCCAUUCUGGAAGCUGACUUCAGUGCAAUAAAUUUAACGAAUUUUGAUAACGAGACACAACAGGAAACUCCUUCGGAACUGUACGCGCAAAUAUCUAUAUGGGAUCAUUGCUGGGCAAGAACAUCGAUAGUGUCGGACGCGAAAUCUCCAUUCUGGCGGGAGGAAUUCGAUUUCAAUUUUUCGGUCAAAACGUCGCCCGUUCGCAUUAAAGUUAUGCUAGCAGUCGAGGGGACCAGAUCCUAUUCAGCUCACGAUAGGGUGUUAGGUGUGAUAGAGGUUACCCAAGAGAUGAUCAAUGAUGGAAGUCUCAAUGCGGAGACUAGAAUUCCAAUAUUUGAUGCAGAAAACAAGCACUUUCAAUUGGGAACUCUCUGCAUCAAGGUUGCGUCAAGUUUGAAUGCAAUUCUGCCGUCAGUGAAUUUCAGUAAGCUCGAGUCCAUGCUAUCACGCAUGAGCUUAACGAAAAUGACAGAUUACUUGUAUGAUAUGUCAAUUGCGGAGUAUCUCAAGCUAGAAGAUCUGUCCAUGGUCUUUCUGGAUAUUUUUCAAACGCUUGAUAGAACCAAUGACUGGUUUCAGGCACUAAUUGAUAAAGAGUUUGAUGCGUUGGAUACCACCAUUACAAAAAACGCGAUAAAAAACCUAUCGUCUGCGAACAUCUAUAGUUCUCUGUUCAGAGGCAAUUCAAUCCUCACUAAAUCGAUAGAGAAGUACUUCAGUCGCGUCGGUCAAGAGUAUUUGGAGAAGGCUAUUGGAGGAACUAUACGAAAAAUUGUUUUUUCGGAUAUGUGCCUUGAGCUGGAUCCAAAUAGAAUCGGAGAAGAGGAUCCCCAACACAAGCAAGGUAUUAUUAGAGGAAAUUAUACGCGUCUGUUGAAGCUAGCUGAGGAGCUUUGGGCUCGCAUUUACAAAACCAGCAAUGACUUGCCAUUCGGUAUCAAAGAACAGUUGAAAGCCGUAAGGAAAAACCUCGAAAUCAUCUACAAAGACGACGAACCUAGAAUCACCAUUAAUUGUGUAUCGAGCUUUUUGUUCUUAAGGUUUUUCUGUCCGGUUAUCUUAAGCCCCAAGCUUUUUCACAUAGUUGAGAAUCAUCCCGAAGACGGUCCCAAACGAACACUAACGCUAUUGGCGAAAGUAUUGCUUAAUUUGUCGAAUCUUGCAUUGUUUGGUAAAAAAGAACCUUGGAUGACAGAAAUGAAUGCCUUUAUCUCGAAACAUGAGGUUGAGCUUAUUGACUACAUUGACAAAGUAACGAACAAGAAGCUCGAUUUUUCAACCAAGACUUUGAAGUUGAGUAGCAGCGUGGCUCGACCCAAGAUUGCGCUCAGUCCAAACUGUCGAAACGAGCUUCCUACAAAUCCAUACCUUAUCGACAAGUAUUUGCGAGAAACAGAAUUGAUUAGCGUCCUCGCAAUUUCUAGACGCCAUAAAGACAAACAAUACGAAGGACCUAGUAGCAUCAGUAUGAACCGCCUCUCUAAGGACCAUCCCUCAUCAGUGCCAAGCCCUACAAUUGGCCCGCCUGGCCCCAAAAUAGGUGAAUUGGAAUUUGAAAAGUUGACUGAAAACAAUGCUGAAAUUUUCGGUGACGAUUUACUCAAAUAUUUGGCAAUUGAUUCUCAGGGCUCUCCGGCAGAGGGUAAGUCAAGUGGAUCCAGAGCCGUUGUUGACCUUACAAAAACAUUAGAGCAGGAAUCUGUCCUACUUUACCAUCGACUCGAGCACCUUACUCAAGUUCUGUCCGAUUAUGAGCAGCCGAAUGAGAUAAUUUUGGGCAAAGCCGAGUUCGCCCUAUAUUUGGUAGAUCAUCUCUUUUUAGAUGAACAGCUGAACGUCAAGCUUGAUCUUACCGGUUCUUACUCAAAAUACGACGGUGCGAGUAAGCUUUGUUCGAAUUCAUCAUCCUUCACAAAAAUGCUGAUUAGACGACAAAGUCCACUAGUUGGCAAACACUUUUCGCAAAGUCACAGAUCGGGCACGAAAUCCAGCUCUUCGAAUUUGGCAUCGUCUCAUAAAAAAGUCACAGGAAGCAUAGACUCAAAAGCACACGAAAAAUCAGGCUUUAAGUUUCUGCGGCUGUUCAAAAAGUGA